CCGCAGAGCAGAGGCUGCCGGGAGCGCCGCCCGGGGCGGGGCGAGCGCGGGCGGAAGUCGGCCCCCUAGGUCUCGGCGCAUCCCGCAGCGAGGCCCCGCCGCCCGCGGGCCCCGGAGCCGGCCCGCCGCGGGUCCCUCCUGUACUUCAGUCUGAUGCCCGUCCAGCCUCCCAGCCACCUGGAAUGGAAUGAGUCUAUGCAUGCCCUCCGGAUAAGCGUGGGGGGCCUUCCUGUACUAGCAUCCAUGACCAAGGCUACAGACCCACGUUUCCGCCCCCGCUGGAAGGUCAUCCUGCCGUCCUUUGUGGGCGCAGCCCUCCUCUGGCUGCUCUACUCCAAUCGCCCAGCCCCGGGCAGGCCCCCGGUGCCCAACGCCCACAACUGGAGGCUUGGCCGGGUGCCUGCCGACCACUACAAUGACACCUACCCCCUGUCUGCCCCCCAGAGGACACCAGGUGGGACUCGGUACCGGAUCGCUGUCAUUGCUGACCUGGACACGGAGUCAAGGGCCCGAGAGGAAAACACCUGGUUCAGUUACCUGAAGAAGGGCUAUCUGACCCUGUCAGAUAGCGGGGACAAGGUGGCUGUGGAGUGGGACAAAGGCCACGGGGUCCUGGAGUCCCACCUGGCAGAAAAGGGGCGGGGCAUGGAGCUGUCUGACCUGAUUGUCUUCAAUGGGAAGCUCUACACUGUGGACGACCGAACGGGGGUCAUCUACCAGGUCGAAGGUACCAGGGCCGUGCCCUGGGUCAUCCUCUCUGACGGCGACGGAAGUGUGGGGAAAGGCUUCAAAGCCGAGUGGCUGGCUGUGAAGGACGAGCAUCUGUAUGUGGGUGGCCUGGGCAAGGAGUGGACCACCAGCACGGGGGAAGUGGUGAAUGAGAACCCCGAGUGGGUGAAGGUGGUGGGCCACAAAGGCGGCGUGGACCACGAGAGCUGGGUGUCCAACUACAAUGCGCUGCGGGCCGCUGCUGGGAUCCAGCCGCCAGGGCAAAGGGCUUACGGGCAAGGCCAUGGCCCUCCCGCUGCUCCUCGGGAUGUGGCUGCUGGUCACAAGGAUCCACGCCCUGCAGGCGUGAAAGAUGGUGACAUGCGUCUGGCCAAUGGGGACAGUGCCAACGAGGGCCGCGUGGAGAUCUUCUACAGAGGCCAGUGGGGGACAGUGUGUGACAACCUGUGGGACCUGACAGACGCCAGCGUCGUCUGCCGGGCCCUGGGGUUUGAGAACGCCACCGAUGCUCUGGGCCAAGCCGCUUUUGGGCCAGGAUCGGGCCCUAUCAUGUUGGACGAGGUGCAGUGCAUGGGGACAGAGCCCUCGCUGGCCAACUGCAGCUCCCUGGGCUGGCUGAAGAGCAAGUGCAGACACAGGCAAGAUGCUGGUGUGAUCUGCACCAACGAAACCAGAGGCAUCUACACCCUUGACCUGUCCAGUGAGCUCCCUGCAGCCCUUGGGCAGAUCUUUGACAACCAGAUGGGCUGUGACCUGUCCAUCAGGGUGAAGGUGGGAGAGGAGGAGGACCUGGGCUUCUGCGCCCACAGGCUGAUCCUGUCUGCCAACCCCGAGGCCCGGGCACUGUGCAGGGAGCCAGGCCACAACAUCACCAUGAGAGUGGACGCUGAGUGCGCACCUGUCGUCAGAGACUUUGUCAGGUACCUCUACUCCCGAAGGAUAGACGUCUCCCUGUCAUCGGUGAAGUGCUUCCACAAGCUCGCCUCUGCCUUCAGGGCCAAGCAGCUCCAGAGCUACUGUGGGCGCCUCUUUGCCGUCCUCCUUCCCCAGGACCCCUCUUUCCAGACGCCCCUGGACCUCUAUGCCUACGCCCUGGCCUCCCGGGACCCGGUGCUGGAGGGGCUGUGCGUGCAGUUCCUGGCCUGGAACUUCGAGGCGCUGAUGCAGGCUGAGGCCUGGCCCGGCGUCCCCACAGCCCUGCUCCAGGUCCUGCUCGCCAGGAGCGAGCUGGCCGUGCCCAGCGAGCUGGCCCUGCUGGCGGCCCUGGACGCCUGGAGCCAGGAGAAGCGUGCCUCCCGCCGGGAGAUGGAAGGCCUGCUGGAGAAGGUCCGCUUCCCCAUGAUGCUGCCCGAGGACCUCUUCGAGCUGCAGUUCAACCUGUCCCUGUACUGGAGCCACGAGGGGCUCUUUCAGAGGAAGAUUCUGCAGGCGCUGGAGUUCCACACGGUGCCCUUCUGGCUGCUGGCCCAGCACAGAGGCCUCAACCUCAGCCAGGACACCUUCAGGCCGCGGCUCUACACCUCGCCCACCUGGAGCGCCUCUGUGACAGGCAGCUCCCGGGCCUCCUCCCGCUAUCGGUACAACCCCUACCGGUCCUUCCAGACCCCGUCACACCCCAGCUUCCUCUUCCGGGACCAGCAGGUCUCCUGGACUCUCGUCUACCUCCCCACAGUCCAGAGCUGCUGGAACUACGGGUUCUCAUGCUCCUCUGACGAGGUCCCCGUCCUGGGCCUCACCAAGUCCGGCUACUCGGACCCCACCAUCGGCUACGACAACAAAGCGCUGAUGCUCUGCAGGGGGCGCUUCGUGGCAGACCUCACUAGCUUCGAGGGCCCGAAGGCCAUGAUCCCCAGCGCCCUGGGCACCAACAGUUCCAGGAGUGCCUCCUCCUUCCCCUGCCCCGCGGGGUCCUUCGGCAGCUUCCGCGCAGUCAUCCGCCCGUUCUACCUGACCAACUCCUCCGGCGUGGACUAGGCGGGAGGCUGGGGGGCACAGGGGCAGCGGGGCGGAGAAGCCGGGGCUUCCCAGGAUGCCUGAGCCCCAGAGCGUUUCCCAUUCUUUACCCCCUUCCUCUCUGCAACCACCUCCCACGACAGCCACCAGGUGUCCCCCCUGCUUCAGCGGAGCUUUCUGAGCUUAAAGAAAUUACUAGAAGGUUUCCAGUAGUGCUCACCACAGGUGCAAAGAAGUCCCAGCUCUCCCAGGACAGCUGGCUGGUGUCCAGGUGGGAAGCAACGAGACCCAAGCGCGGUGGCUGUGGCAUUUCCACGCCACCUUUCCCUUCCCCAGUCCUCCGUCAUCCCUAGUCUGUGAUCAUUAAACUUGCACCAUGUU